UGUCAGUAACCUGUCGUAAUAUUUGUUUUGAGGUUAUGUUAUUUCCCCGAUAGAUAAAUAGAAAAAAUAUACAAAAUCAAUCUAAAACUUACACCAUGGCACUCCUAAAGACUAUAUUUCCACGCCAAAUAUUUGUGAAUACACAUCGCGUAAUCGUGUCCAACAUCAGACAGAUUGCCACAGAACAAAAUACUUCGUCAGAUGAACCAGUGGACAUAGCUAAUCCAUUUAAAAAGGAGACUCGUCAAUGUAUUCUCUGCAAGCUGAAAAUCUCGCCAAAUUACAAGAACUAUCGGCUCCUCUCUCAGUUUCAAAGUCCUUAUACUGGAAGGAUUUAUGGACGCCACAUAACAGGACUAUGCAAAUCCAAGCAAGCAUUGGUUGAGGCAGAAAUAAUCAAAGCUCAAAACUGUGGAUAUAUGCCCUAUUUCUACAAGGACAAGGCAUAUUUGAAAGACCCAAAAUUAUUCGACCCAGAAAAUCCUAUCCGAUCACACAGAUUCUAAUUUAAGUUCUUAGUUGUUUUAGUUUAUUUAGUGUAAAUGUUUGCCUGUAACAAAUAAAAAG